AAUCUCGAGUUAAAAUAAUAUUUUAUAAUACUUAUCAAUAAUAAGUCAUUAAUUUGGAUAAUUGCAAUAGGUUAUAUUCCCCAGUAUCUUAAAGGAAAAUCGAGGAUAUUAGAAGUAUCACUGGGACUGUUUUGUUAUAUAAUAUUUAUGUUAUUUGGUAUUUUUUUAUUUGUUCACAUAUCGAAAAGUAUUUUCGUGCCACCAUUUGAUAGUUUUAGUUCUUUAGUAGCUAAUACUAAAUACGACGUUAUAACUCUGAAGAAUACAACGCCAGCAACUAUAUUUAUGAGAAGCAUGAAGGAUCCAAUUCCAGAAGCAAGGAAAAUGAAACGUUUAAGUAUAGCAUCAACAAUCGAGGACAUUCAUAAAAUGGCAUGUUUCUCGAAGAAAAAGAAAUAUGCCAUAUUUCAAUCGGAUAAAAUGUAUAAAGUGAAUGGGGAUAUUCUAUGUCGUUUGAUUAAUAUUGGAGAUUCUUUUAGUAAAGCAGGGGUAGUCUCUGGAAUUGUGAGGAAUUUCAAAUAUAAAAGAACAAUCGAUCUUGGGUAAAACAAUAUCAAUAUAAAAUAAAAUAUUCUAAAUAGUGUAUACUAUCUAGUAAAUUCACUCCUGUAGAAUGAAAAUUGAGCUUGUGCAAUUUUACGAGUGAUUUUUCACUCUACGUGAUUUAGAGGGUUUGCAUUCCCUUUAGCACAUGUAGGAGUUGAAUGAUAAUGAUAAACGCUUGCGUAUCUGUUCAUUUGGUGUUUGUUAAGUGUAUAUUCAGCUUUAGAUAAUAAUUUCGUGUAUUAAUAAAUAAUUUUCUUAAACAGGUUACUUAAAUUAAUGGAAGUUGGGCUGCUGAGACUGUUAAAAAAUCGUUGGUUGAAAAACGGAAUUAAACAAAAUUACGAUGAUACUGCACCACAACCAAUUGAAAUAUAUCAAGUUUCUUUAAUAAUUGCAGUGAUGUGCUGUGGAGCGAUUAUUGCUUCUAUUAUUCUCCUGAUAGAAAAAAUUGUAUUUGUUUGUA